AUGAUCGAGAACAUGCAAGCCACGGACAGCAUGAGAUCUCGUCGGAACGCAGAGCUGCAGCCGCCGGUGAUCCGUGAGGAGUCCCGCAAGAUUCGCAAGCCCGUCGUCAUCCACCUGGUGUCGCCCACGGUGAUCCACGCGGACGCCGGCGAGUUCAUGGCGUUGGUUCAGCGCCUGACGGGGCGUGAUUCAUCGGCGGCCGACAUCGUCGGCGGAUCAUCGGGACCUGCAAAGGCAGCUUGCUUCCAAGGACGAAAGCGGCAGCUUCCGGUGCGGGUCAAAGCUCGAGCACUGAAACCCGUCGGCAAGGAGACCUCCUCAUCGUGUCAGCCGUCCGUUCCGCCGGCGCUGUUCUUGAGUGACUUGAGCCCACCAUGGUCGGGUGUCGCAGAGCUGAUCGCUGCGGAUCACCCAUUAGUUUACUCGAGUAAAUUCUAA